GCGCCCAGCGUGUCGGAGUGAUAAUGUUGUGUCAAGGUCUGAGUUACGACCUUUGACACUGUGCUUAAUUGGACUGUCGUCCUUGAAGGAACACUAUACAAUAAAAAUGAUGGAGUAGAAUGGAAAAGUGUGAGCUGUCCCAGCCUUUAAAUAUCGCUCGGCUCGAAGACGAACCAAGUUCUUUCUGCGUUCGAGCAUCGGAGUGAAAAGCGCAAUGGUGACACAUGCAGGAUUGGUAUUCGUGGCAUUCGCCAUCCUGAGGUUCUCGGCAGCUGAAGAAAGCUGCAGUGUUCCCACUGAGCUUCUCGAGAGAGCCACCAGGAGGCUCAUCACUGCCCUUCCCGAAACAUUUCCCUUCCCCGGUGAUGAAGAAGCACCGGUUGUGCCAGGUUUAUUUGCUGGUCCGAGUUCUUUGCUGGGCUUGAACCAUCUGCGUGUUUUAAAGCCGUACCGAGUGUACUGCGAAGAGAGCAACUAUGGAGAAGCAAAGAAGAUGGUCAGUGUCGACUUCACCACUAACCAAAACAAAGGACUAGCUCUGAACUUUCCCUGGCGUUACUGCGGUGGAAAAUCUGGAACUGUCAAACUUGACCUCCGUAAGAUAAGGUUUACCGUCAUUUUUGAAGUGGUCAACAAAGCCGACGAGGAGGAGGUGACCUUGCGUGCCGUGGAAUUGCAUCCUGUCUGGAUGGAAGAUAUUGUUCCAUACGUUGAAGGACUCGGUAGCUUUGGUGCCCAAGCUGGCGUGGCCUUUUCCAAGAUUUUCCCACAGGUUCUGCGCGACCUCUGGGUCAACAUCCUACCCACAUUCGUAGCAAGAAUCAUGCAGGACACCAGUCGCCACAUGUAAACAGAGGCUACAAAUCCGCAUCCUGCAUCGUCUUAUUGCGAGCUGAAAUAAAGAUUAUAUUUUCAUAAACUA